UCCCGCCCAGAGGAGAUGGCAGAGGCGUCCGGGUCUGGGCACCGCACAUUAUACAAGCUGAGGGGCUCGCCGUCAUGGAAAGAGGCUUUCAGGCAGAGAUGCCUGGAGAGAAUGAAGAACAGUCGGGUCAAACUCCUAAACAAGUACCGCCAGGCUGGAGGCAAUCUGCCAGGAAGAGCUCAGAGCACCUUCUUAGUGCAAGAGGUGAUGGAAGAAGAGUGGAAAGCUUUGCAGUCAGCAGAUAACUGUCCAGAGAGUUUGGCUCAGUUGGAGGAGCCAAUGAACCUGGCUGUGCUGGAAGAAAUCCAGCAGGAGCUGAUUGAUCAAGAACAGUCCAUCAUCAAUGAAUAUGAGAAGAGCUUGCAGUUUGAUGAGAAGUGUCUCAGCAUCAUGCUGGCUGAGUGGGAAGCAAACCCCAUCGUCUGUCCUGUGUGUAAAAAGUACAACCUGAGAAUUACAGGCGGUGUGGUCAUGUGUCAGUGUGGCCUGUCCAUCCCAUCUCAUUGUCCAGAGUUGACAGAGCAGAAGCUUCGUGCCUGUUUAGAGGAUAGUGUCAAGGAGCACAGUGCACAUUGUCUCCACACCCCUGAAUUUUCAGUCACUGAAGGAAUAGAAGAUAAGUCCAAUCUUCUCAUGAGCUGUCUGGCUUGUGAUACUUGGGCUGUGAUCCUUUAAACAACUCUACUCCCUCUGAGAAGGAGACUUGUGUAUAGCAACCUUUUAUUGAUAGCAUUUUUGUAUUAAAACUGUUCAAAC